CAGAAACAGCAGUCGGUGGAGAGGGGGAGAGCGGCGAACAGAGAGAGAGACGCGGAGACUCACGGGGAGGGAGGGGCAGCACUUGUCGAGCAAAAGUGACUCGAACAACCGAUAAGAGAGACCCUGCAACUCGGAUGGGACAUAAGCUCCCACGUUUGUGUCACGCUCCAUGUGUAGUAGAUAGUAAAAGCAUAAGUAAGUAACUACAUCUCUAAGUAAACUAUACGUAAAUAAAAUACAUCUAUAGGUUAGGAUAUACAUAAAUAAUUUUAGUCAGUAGAUAUAUACGUUGAUUAUACGUGUAAAUUUUACUAGAUCUAUACUGAGUAUAUGCAUAAACAAUACAUUCCCAACCAUACACAGGCUACAUAAAUAUAACAAACUACACAUUGUCUAUUGUUACAUGGGUCACAUUAUGCAGGGAAAUAGUUCAGGGCAAUCGUUCAUAAAAGAAUAUAUUUUAUAGAUAUGUUCCAGAACGCAUAUUGACAUACAUUCACCAAAUAUUUUAUAUUUAGCCUAACAUCCGUUCUGUUAGUAUCACGACAGUUGAGAGCACAUUCACUUUGCUGAACCAUAACCACACUUAAGCACAAGACUCAUCGAGCACAGCUCCAGUGUGCUUUUUUUUGUAGCUCAUCAUUGCCCAUUGAAGGUAGUUCAUUAGCGAUGGAUCCUUUGUGGGCGAUGGUGGCCCUGACGGUGGUGGUCGUGUGUGGAGCCCCGGGCAUCCAUGCGGGACCCAUGAUGAGCCAGGACCCGUUGGCGCUGUGGAUAGACGCGACCCAAGCUCGGGACCUGAUCGGCUUGGAGGAAAACAUCUACAUCGUCUCCGAUGGGAAGAUGGCCCCGUUCACGCACGACUUCAAGAGGGCGCAGCAGAGAAUGCCAGCCAUCCCAAGCACCAUCCCCUCCAUCAACUUCACGUGGCAGGCUGCCAGAGAGUCGGAGUACUUCUACGAGUUCCAGCUCAUGAGGUCCUUGGACGAGGACAUCAUGGGCCACCCUGUGGUCAACAUCCCAGCCCUGGGCACCAUCCCGAACGAGCCAUCUGUGGUGCAGGUGAGCUUCCCGUGCCUGGCCUCCCAGGAGGGGGUGGCCGCCUUCAAGGCCAUCGUGCAGAUCAUCAACCAGGACGGCGACAUCGUCCUGAGCACGCCCGAGAACGCCAUCUUCUUCAAAGUGUGCAAGAAAGCUGGCUGCAAGGAGGGCUGCAUGAACGGAGGCGUGUGCACCGACCGCGACACGUGCGACUGUCCGGACGGGUUCUUCGGGGCGAGCUGCGAGAAAGCUCUGUGUGCCCCCCGCUGCAUGAACGGGGGGCUCUGCAUCAGCCCUGGACUCUGUCUGUGCCCCCCCGGAUUCAGCGGCGUCUACUGUGAGAACGCCAACUGCAGCAACAGCUGCCUCAACGGCGGCACGUGUUACCACCACGGCAAGUGCGUGUGCCCGCCGGGAUUCGACGGCAGCCAUUGCGAGCACAGCAAGUGCAGCCCCCCGUGCCAGAACCGGGGCAAGUGCGUGGGCACCAAUCGCUGCAAGUGCUCCAAGGGCUACGAUGGUGACCACUGCGCUCGACCCGUGUGCUGGUCGGGCUGCGCCCCCCACGGAUCGUGCGUGGCCCCCCGCGCCUGCCGCUGCGAGGAGGGGUGGCACGGGCAGCUCUGCGACAAGCGCGCCUCGACGGGCACGUACAAGUUUGGCGGCAGAAAGAAGGCACUGCCACCGCCACCGCCGCCGGCCAAGGUCCUGCCAGAGGACGACACCCCGAGCGACUCCAACUACAUCUGGUAACGGCGGCCGUGGGUGGCACAACCCCCACCGGCCCCCCCCUCCUCCGCCGUCUCUCCGUCCCCCGAGACUCGCCACGUCCCUCACGGGGCAAGACCCCCGCGCUCGCACGCCACGGCACCGGUGGCCUCGGCGGGCAGCGGCUCUCACCACCCCCUCCACCCGGCUUCGAGUCGUCGUUACCCCGCCGCUCUGUCUAUUUGUCUCUCUGUGUGUGUACUACUCUAUACCACGUGUGUGUACUACUCUAUAUCACGCGUGUGCCAUUCAGGUUCUGGGGAUUAUACGUUCGGUGUUGAGAUGGUAUAUGUUGCCGAAAAAAGGAGCACGUGGGCUCGCGAACGUUCACGGGUUCUGGACUCGACUCGAGUGUGUAGGCGAGCGAGUGGGCGGGAGUGGGCAGGGCGCAUCGCUGGAAGGGACGGAUGGUCAGCGGAUAGCGACGGAGUGUAGCCCGGAGAGAACACCCAGCGACAGAGACGGAGGCAUGGACAUCGGUUUGGGUGGUUUGAUGUAUCGCGGGAUUGCAGGAGACGGCAGCGGCUUGGGGAGGAACUUCACCCAGCAGUGGAAUUAGCCAUGGCCACUGACGGCGGUGAAUCGGUGCCAUUGUAAUUUCCUUUCGGCUGUCGGGCAUCCUGAAACGAUCGAGUGUUCGUCUUGUUUGCUUGCGAAGAACGAGCUACCCUCUCAGCCGUACGCCGCGAGCGUGCGAGUGGACAGAUAGUUAACGGAUGUUGAGUGAACUUCUGUUUUAUUUUUUUGUUGCUGUUGCAGUGUCUCAUUUGAUACACCGCAGCUCACCACGCAUGUUCAGAUAUUCUCCUUCGUCGCGUCGCCUGUCCCAACCUUGAUGGUCUCUUCCCAGCAGUCUGCGCAGGCCACGCCGCCUCUGAUAUCGGCAUCGCCAAAAUUCUUGAGGAGUCCGCACUGCGGUUGCUGCCGGGCAUCUCAGGAGAUAACCCACGCGGCGUGCUUCUCCUGACAAGCACAUUGGUCGGUUGUGUAGAAGCCACCCCACCCCCGCGGCCACCCCCACCCCCCCCCCGUCCCAUGAUAUCGUGAGCUAGUUGUAUCUGUCGAACUACACUCUCGGCGCGCUCAAGGUAACGCCGUGGCGUGACAUCGCAAAGGGGACAGCCCUCAAAGCGGCGCAGUCACACCCAGACACAUCUCUCUGCGAGAGGGCCCGGACAAAAAGGCAACGGUCAAUUUGUCUCCUGGGCUUUUAUCGCGAGGCCGGAGGCUGGGGAGUGAGAGGGGUUGGGGGGCACUCAUCUCUGACGCGGUCCUGAGCCAGUGGUGGAAAUUCCACGUUCCUCAUACAGCUUCCAGUCUUGUGCACGGGACGGGUGGCACACCGUAGAUGGGCCCCCCCCCCCGUGCUGUGCGUGACGGGGCAGACACCGCACCGUCUCCCGUGUUCCCUCGUGCUGCUUGAUGAAGACGGUGUUGGAUUUAAAUGUUUUUAUUCUUUAAUACGGUCUUGUUUGGGGGGGGGGGGGGGGUUGUUAUUUUAUUGCUGUUCAAUUUUUUGUGUACACUGAACGCUGCUCAUGUUACUGUAGACGUAGUCGCGUGUCACUUAUACGAAAACUGUAUUUAAUGUUGCUCAGAUAUCGUGGACGCAGCGUGCGCAGUGUACGCGGGCUCAGGUCGCUCAUGUCGGCGUUUGGAACUUUAAAAAAAAGUAGCACAGGUGGUUGGUUGGGUGAGGUCCUGCGGGGAGAUGGCUAGCAGAUGCUACACACGGUCCCCCCCCCCCCGCUCUUCCAAAUAAAAAUAAAAAGUAAACCUCUCAAUAACUUUUUGGAAGACAUCUUUCUCAACUUUAAUUCCUUUAUUUUAUUCCAAUUUUGGCUGCCAUUGGCAUGAGAUUACGGCGCGACUCACAAUCCUCACACAACCGUUGCAUUGCCCCGCCGUGUUGGAGGACGGCGCCGUGAAAAUAGAUUUCACGGUACGAGUUGUGAGGUCCUUUAAAACGACCACCUAUCCGCCUAUAAGGUCGCUACAGCUGCUCAAGCACCUUGCUGUAGAGAUCUUGGCCGCAUGACAGUCAGACCAUGAUUCUUUACCUUCUCAAAAAUAGAAUUUUCCAAGAUCAAAAAUAAAAUAAAAAUUCGCGAUCAUCUUUGGCGACCAAGAUGGAAGUAUGAGCCCGGUUUAAUCACGGCCGGCCGAGACCCAGAUUCAAACCCAACGAUCUCAGCGCCACCAGCUCAGUCCUCUAACCCCCGGUGUACCGUGCCACCUCUCAACAAUUCAGUGAGCCACUAAACGGAGCGGGCAGGGGCAUCCUAUGUAAGGCGGCGACGCCGUUAGGAUGAGGAUGGCAAGGGCUGCAGUGCGCAUGGCUUUGGUUCUCAUGGCGAGUGAUGAGCCGGGAGGAUUCUCCAUAAAUCCGAGAAGACUUUUGAGGCUCCUAACUCACUUAUAUAUAUCCAGUAGCCCGUGGGACGACACAUCACAGAUUUCGUACUGCACAAUGCAGGCUGCGUCCGGCACAAAGGUGUGCCAUCAUUUCCACUCUCAAGCUGAGUAACGUUGUCAUCAAAGGCUGCUGUUUGUUUUAAACACAAAACUUGUUUUUUAAUUAUUAUAAUUAUUAUGAUACUGUGUUAUUAAUAUUAAUUAUAUUAUUGCGGUUGUCGUUGUCACCGUCGUGUUUUUUUUGUGCAAAAGUUAUCUCUUAAUAUAUCACUGCUGUGGUGGCGUUGUGUUGACGCGUGUAGCAUGGUGUUUUGUAUAUUUAAUAAGCGUAACAAUGGGAUUUGUAGUGUUCGUUGGUAACGGUCCAUGGGUACAGAGUUGCCAAACGCAUCGCAUGUAGGCUAAACUCACGUGUCAUAUGGAACCGUGGGAUUGUAUCAAGGUGAAGUGUAUCGAAUUAAACGGCGGGCACCCCGUGCGCCCUCAAUAAACGCUUUCGUGCCCGGGU